AAUCCAUAACGCCUUCGCCAGCAAUUGUUUGUGAACACUUCUCUUCGUUUUGGUGGCGUCGAUUUGCAUUUUAGCGCUUUUGACAACGAUUUUAGCCAGGAAAGUAGGAACCAAACACACAGAGAGCACACCGGAUGAACGGCAAGAUGGAUCGGCGCAAGAAACGCACCUCCUCGGAGCAAUACCAGAUGUACAUCGACAUGAUGGAGAGCGACCCAAUUUUUGCAACUGGACGAGUGCCGCGCGAUUACGACCUGAACUAUUUGACCAAAAAGUGGAAGGAACUCUCCGACCGACUAAAUAAGUGCGGUUCCGGACCCACACUCACGCCGGAGGAGUGGCGCAAGCGCCUAAAUGACUGGAAGAACACCACACGCUGCAAGUACAGACGUAGUCUGCUUUCCACAGAGAAAGACAUAUCGAUGACCCCCGUGGAGACCCGCGCUCUGGAUCUCUUCGGCAAGGUGCCCACCACCACCGGCGAAACGCUGUUAAAUCUAAAAUCUGAAAAGGAUGAUCAUGAUGACGAAAUGGAAGAUCUCGGCCAGCGUACUUCGGCAGCAUUUCAAAAGGAACUACAGGCCGCCGUGGAAGAGGCCAUCAACGAUGAGGUCGACGACGAAGAGAUGGUGGAGGAGCAUGUCGAUCACGAGGAUAUGCUGGACGAGAAUCUGACGGAUGCCGGCAUAACUGCGUCCACAACAGCAGUCAAUACAGGCGGCGGUACUUAUCGCACUAUCGUCGUCGAUAACACAUCCUUUGAGCAUGUCGAGGAGGAACCGCAAACAGUUCAGCCGCACACAAUGGAGUAUGUCACCACCCGCAGGCCAGCUGCCGCUGUUAUUAAUCCAGGAACAGCUUCCUCUGGCAAUAAGCUGAUUAAUGGCGAGCUGCCUGUUAAGCGAAUGCGCACACAACCUCGGGAGCAAAUUAUCUACGAAGUUAAAAAUGCGCCGCGGUGUAUUUCGAAUAUGCAGGCCGUGCCGCCACUGCACAGUACAAAGCUGGACCGUGAGCCCAGCUCGCUGACUACUGCAUUGAGUAGCAGCGACGCACAGCAGAUCGCCCAUCAGCUGAAGCGUCUGGCGGACAUAAACUACGAGACACUGCAGUUUGAGAUUGCGCGCUUUAAGUUCAACAACCCGGGCUUCCAAUACGAGCCGUCCUUAUAGUGGUCCAAGCAACAGGACGAGAUCAGUGGGUCUAAGCAAUCAGAAAAAACUCCAGCACCAGCAGAAGCGACGACGAAAGGAUCAGUACUGGUAAAAGCAGUUGAACGAGGCAAGUCAGCUCGCAUUGUAUAGUUCUAUAAAUGCUAUUAAAUGCUUUUCGGCAUUCGAACGGUUUUUAGCUCUCCCAGUUCUGUUAUCUGUCGGAACACAAAAUCGUAACAUAUAGUAGCCAGAUUAGUUUAAAAUUUAAAUAGAUUUUUAUUGUUUAAACGAUUACUUUCAAAUUUUCAAGCACUUAAAUUACGAUAUCCGUAUGAAUAAGCCUAAAAUUGUAAUAUCUAAAGUAAAUAAAAUUGGACAAGUAAUUUUAACGCGUUGUAUGUAAAUGUAAAGAAUAAAGUUUACCAAUGAUAAAUA